AUGUUCUUCACGGGAAGCUUGCAAGAAGGCAUCGCCGCGGCGCUGCAACAGAGCAAAUGCGUCUUCUGCUUUGUCACGGACGAAGAGACUGAGAGCCAAACUUGGGAGACCGAGUACCUCACUGAAAGCACUAUUGCAGCCCUACUCCAGGAUGAGGCUGUCGCCCUGCGGUUGAAGAAGGGCUCGGAAGAGGCGGGUUACCUUGCUGCCAUCUUCCCGCUUCCCAACACGCCUACCGUCGUCGUCAUCAAGAACGGCGAUCUCAAGGAGUACAUCGUCGCCGGAACCGGCAAGGAUGAGUUCGUUAGACGAGUGACGACGGCCUUCCGCGGCGCUCAGGGCCAAGCCGCGGCCCCUCAACCUGCCGCGGCUGUAGCGCCUGCUCCGACUGUUCAGCCGACCGACAACCUGUACAGCGAGAAUCCCUACAAUCCUCCCCAGGUUGCAACUCCCGCAACCAGCACCCAAACCCAAUCCGCCAGGCCCAGCACAUCUGACUCCAGUCCCCGCGGACCCGCCACUCCGACUCAGGAAGAAGAAAACGCCGCCACCUUGCGUGCAGUCCUCGCAGAGCGUGCCGCUCGUCUAGAGGCCCAACGCCUCGAAUCCGAGCGCAAGGCAAAAGCAGCCCGCGCCGCUGCCGCCGAGAAGGCCGAGACCGACAACUCCAAGCAGGCCGAGCAGACACGCAGCCACAAGGAGGCACUGAAGAAGGCGCGCCAGGAAGCCGCGGACGAGAAGGCCCGCAUUCUGAAGAAGAUCGAGGACGAUCGUGCCGAGCGGCGGGCCAAGGCCGCCGAGCGGGCCGCCAUCCGGGACCAGGCGUCCUCGCCGAAGCUCGGCGAUGUUGCCGCGGCACUAACGAGGUCCGAGUCAAGCUCCCUGGCACCGUCGACGUCCUCCGCGAGCGGCAUGACGGCGCUGCAGGUGCGCCUCAUGGACGGGUCCACGAUCCGCUCGCGGUUCCCGAGCAAGACCACCCUCGGCGGGGAUGUGCGGGCGUGGGUCGACGGUGAAAGGACGGACGGGAGCAAGGAACCCUACCGGUUCAAGGUCGUGCUAGCGCCGCUGCCGAGCAGGCUCAUCGACGACACCGAGGAGGACAAGAGCCUCGCGGACCUGGGGCUGUCGCCGUCGUCCACACUGGUGCUGGCGCCUAUUAGUGCGCAUGUCAGCGCGUACGAGGAAUCGUCGGUUGGGAGCGUGGCCGUGGGGUUCCUGUUGCUGCCCUUGACGCUGCUGCAGUGGCUCUGGGGCGUGGUUUCGGGCGUGUUCUCAGGACUUGGGGCCCGGAGACAGGCGGCGGAGGAGGGCGGCGCGGAGCCUGUCACCGUGAGGGAACAGCGGAAGGGCCGGUUCUCGCAGUUUGCCAACCCGGAUGAUCGGAAGGGCGAUCAUCAGCUUUACAAUGGCAACUCGCUGAACUUUGAGCCGCGGCCAGACGAGAAAAAGGAUGAGUGA